CGUAAUGGCAGGUGAAGGAGAGCUGAAGCUGCUGGGCGCGUCCAUGAGCCCGUUCUCAAUCCGCGUGCGCAUGGCGCUGGACAUGAAGGGCGUGAGCUACGAGUACCUGGAGCAGGAUCUGUUCCACAAGGGCGAGCUCCUCCUGCGGUCUAACCCGGUGCACAAGAAGGUGCCCGUGCUGAUCGUCCACGGCGGCAAGCCCAUCUGCGAGUCGCUGGCCAUCGUGCAGCACGUCGACGAGGCCUGGAGCUCCGUGGCCCGGCCUAGCAUCCUCCCCACCGGCCCCUACCAGCGCGCCACCGCCCGCUUCUGGGCCGCCUACGUCGACGACAAGCUGUUCCCUGCUUGGGUGGGUCUGAUGCAGGCGGCGACGGAGGAGGAGCGAGCGGAGAGGCUGAGCGAGACGCUGCCGAUGAUGGCGCGCCUGGAGGAGGCCUUCGCCGAGUGCUCUGGCGGGGCCGGCUUCUUCGGCGGCCGCUCCGUCGGGUACCUUGACGUCGUCGUCGGGUGCAACCUGUUCUGGCUGGACGCGCUGCGCGAGAUGUUCGGCGUGGCGGUCGUGGACCCCGGCAGGACCCCGCUCCUGGCCGCGUGGGCGGCGCGGUUCGCGGCGACCGCUGCGGUGAGGGACGUGGCGCCGGACGCGGACGACACGGUGGAGUUCGCGCACAGGGUUCGAGCUUACAACGCCGCUAGCUUAUAAGCUGCCAUCAUGGUGGACGGACAGUCGUCGGCGCAGUGCCGCUGGACUGACGUUCUGAUUUCAAGUUCUCGAGAGGAAUAGGAACAUCCUGAACCGAACUUGGAGUUGUCUAUUGUUCAGAACAAAUGACCUGAAAGGCUGAAACUGAAAUGCUGAAACUGAAAUGCUGAGAACAAAGAUACAGCUGUUGUUCCGUCUCCUGUGAAAGCAUGGUGUGAACCUGGAAGCUGAUUGGGUACCGUGGUGUACCUUUGGGGCAUGGGACCUUCUAUGGCUUGUACAUGAACUUCUUUCUGUCAUAUUACGGAUACGUAAUGUUUUUGCAUUUCCUUGAA